UUAUUCAUAUAAAUGUAUUUGAAAAUGUGAACAAAAGAAUACCAACAAUAAAACACAAUUUAAUAAACAAUGUGAAAGGUUCGCGUGUGAUAUUUUUUAGAAUAUUUGAGAGCGUCAAGUAGGCCUGCAGCAUAAAAUACAAAGCAGCAAAACACUAGCGAAAUGGACGAGUUAAUGAGGCGAAAAUUGCCAGCUGAUGCAAACGAGGAGAAGCAGGAACUCACCUGCAGUGUGCUGUUUACCAAUCCAAAGUACAAUCCCCAGAAGCCUUCCUCCGGCGAUGAAUUGAGCUCGGUGACCCGGCUGGUUUCCAAAACCGAAGAUCUGGAACUGGAUCGAGUCUUCAACGGAUUUUCAAAAGACGGCUCCACAAGAUCCCUCAAUAGAUCUCUCUUCGAGUUUGGUCACAACUUCGAAGAUGUUGAGGGCUGGCUAAACAUGAAGCAGCCUCCGAAGGAUCAUCUCGGAGCGGUGCUUCGCUACAUGAUACAGAAUCACCUUAAGACCACUGUGCAGAUAGACAUCAACAAAAUGUACUUCAACUGCCACUUCAUCGUUCUCCAGGUGUACUCGCGAUUCUUCAGCGAGCUGAAGGAGAUUCCCCUGCUGGUGACUCUUCCCGAGGAGCUGGUCUCCCAGAAGGCCUUCAUGCUCAUCUACAAGUGGAUGCUGAGCGAUGAUCCCGUCCUGGAUCGUCGCUAUAUCGUGGAGAUCUUUGUGGCUGCGACUUAUCUGAGGAUCGGGGAUCUGCAGGCCCAUUGCUGGCAGUAUUUCGAUGAUCCGCAGUACUAUGACGAGGAUUCGGCUUGUGUUCUCUAUGUAGAAACGAAGUACCACCCCGCCUUGGAUGUGGUUCGUAAUGUGAUGCUGACCAGGAUCAACAAGUUCCUGCUCACCUUUGUGGCCACCAAGGAUUUUUUGGACCUGCCCCUAGCCCACUUGGUGUUUUUGCUCAGCUCCGAUAGGAUCUGUGUAAAUACGGAGAUUGAGGUACUUUUUAUGGCUGUUCGUUGGAUGGGCCACGAUUGGGGCAAGAGAAGUGCGCAUGCGCAGCGCAUUGUGCCCUGUAUUCGGUUCUCCCUGAUGCCUUUAUGGUAUCUUCUCUACGUGCGGCGCGAGGAGGUGCAUCAGUUGGUGAAGGAACUUAUUUCCCUGCAGGAGGUGGACCAUGAAAUCAACGAAUCCAUUUCGAAGAUUACCUCGCGAAUGUAUGAAGAAAAAAUCGUCGCUAUGGAGGGCAAGGACACACUGGCCGACGAAUACAUCUUAGAAUCAAACCCUCAGCCGCAUCGAAAAUGGAUACACGAUUUAAAGUGCGGCUAUUACCACUGCGUGGGUUGUCCCAACACCCGGGAAAUACGUUUCAGCCGCUUUGAGGACUACCUAACCGAACUGCAGCAGUGUCCGCUAAAUCACUGGUCCAAAGUGCAGUUGGUGGAUCCUUAUGCAAAGACCAAUUGUUGCUGCCCCAAGAAGGAACGCGCACAAGAUUCAUCAUCCGAAGCAAGUAAUUAAACUUAUAUUUAUAUACAUUUAUAUUAAUAAAAAAGUGAAAAAUUCAAGAAGUUCAACUUCGCCCAUACGAA